UGCGCGCUUACCUACCGAUAAUUUUUUCUGGUCCCAAACGGUGAGAUAAUUCUCCUAACGAAAACGUUUGUGUUUGUCAGUGUUAUCAAAUUAAGUGUAUCUUAAAAAAAACAUUUAUGGAAAGUUAAAAGUGAUUGUGCUAUCGUAGUAUAAAGUAAAAAGUGUUGGAAAGGUCAACUAAAAAGGCCGUGCCUGCAGCAUUCCUCAUCUUUACAUUACAAAAUAUUUGCUUAUGACCUUCAUUUUAUCAGAAAAAUCCACAGUGCAAAUUAUGCCUUGAUGAAUCUGUGAUCGUCUUAGUAACACUAGUGUAGUGAAGUGUGACACUAUUGUGAGUGAAAUGGUGGUAUGGAUUGAGACUGGUGAUAUUAGUGUUUUCGGAAUACAGUAAAGGGAAACUAAAGAUGUCUCACUACCCCCAGCCAGCGUCCUUAGAGGACGCACUUCCUCUGCUGGGGAAGCCGGACCUGCGCAUGCGUCAAUUGCUGGGUGAGCGUUUGACGUUGCUCGUCAGACGAGAGGAGAUCACCCACGACAUAGCAGCACCAUUGCUGGAUUCUCUGGUCGCUUGGCUCAAUGGGGGAAAUUUUAAGGUUGCCCAGAAUGGACUGGAAGUGAUAGCUGCGAUAGCUGAGCGUAUGGGGCCAGAGUUCUCCCCUUAUGUGCCUACAGUAUUGCCUCAUAUUAUAGACAGAUUGGCAGACACAAAGGAGGGUGUACGCGUGGCUGCACGUUCGUGUAUAACGAGCCUUGACGAUUGCAAGGCUGUCGCUCCACGCUCGUUACUCGCACGUCUAACGCCUGCGUUACAACACAAGGCUGCGCAUACACGAGAGGAAGCUCUGAAGUGUAUAGCCGCCUUGUUGCAUACCCAUGGAGCGACAGAACUCCAACUACGCUCGUGCAUACCAAAUCUGGCUGCGCUGGUCGGAGAUCCGAAUAGCGCAGUGAGAGACGCCGCGGCACAAUUGCUGGUCGAUGUUUAUAGGCAUGUGGGUGAAAGACUAAGGCAGGAUUUAAAGAAGAAAGAAUUGUUGCCAGCGCAGAAGUUGGCACUGCUGGAACAGAAGUUUGAUGAGGCCAGAGAAGCUGGGUUGUUGUUACCCUCAGCAAACGCGGGUACAGAUGAGGCAGACUUCGUAUCACGGACAGUGAAACGUUCGAUGACAAUUCCUACGAGUAGAAGUAGAGAUGGGGACAGUGGUGCCUCAACGCCAGCAUGUGAAGUGAAGCGAACAGUGGGCGGUUUAUACUGCUUACCAUCGGGAAGUCGUAAACCACCUGUGAAACUCACAAGUGCGUCUAGUGUCUCAAGCGCCGCAAGCAAUUCAGGCGAAGCUGGUGCCGUUUCGUGCGAAGCGUUUGAAGCUGCUUUUGCACAUAUCGCCCCAGCCGCUGUGUAUGGGGCAAGGGGCUUGGAGGAUCUGUUCCGACACGCAGCUGCUUUAUUGGGCGACAGAGGGGCAGAUUGGGAGAAAAGGGUCGAUGCGUUGAAGAAAAUCCGUUCGUUGCUCGUUGCGAACGCGCACGUCCAGUAUCCAACCGAAUUCGCUGCGCACCUGAAGGAACUGUCCGUGCCGUUUCUCGUCGUCAUCAAGGAUUUGAGGAGUCAGGUCGUACGGGAAGCUUGUAUAACUAUAGCGCACAUGGCGAAGCUGUUGAAGAAUAAAUUGGAUCAGUUCUGUCUUUAUAUAUUACAAGAGGUUAUCAAUCUCAUACAAAAUGCAGCCAAGGUGGUGUCUUCGGCUGGUACAAUAUGUGUGCGUUACAUAGUUAUAUACGUUCAUUCGCCGAGGCUCGUACCAGUGAUGACGACCAACCUCACUACCAAUAAGUCAAAGGAGAUACGGUCUACGCUAAGCGAGGUCCUAGUGCUUCUGUUGGACAAGUGGUCCCCGGUGGCAAUAGAGAAGCAGCAUCAUGCUAUCAGCGAGGCCAUUAAGAAGGCGUGUGUGGAUGCUGAUAGUACGGCGAGGAAUCAUGGACGAAGAGCGUACUGGGCGUACAAGAAACAUUUCCCAUCGGAUGCCGAGCAAUUGUUCUUGAAGUUGGAUUCGGCUGCGCAAAAGCAGAUCGAACGAGAGAGGGUUGGGAGUGUCGAUAGUCUGCAACAUAUUGGAACUGACAGAAGAAUGGUAACCAGCCCCAGGAGUCCAUCGGCAAGUGUUUCUGCCGGCGUAGCAGCCAGGUCGGUAAGCGCAGUGGACGCAGCAGCCGCUCAACGUGCCAAAGCGAGAGCGAUGUAUUCGCAUCUCGCGAGGAAUAAAGUCGCCGCCGGGACUGCUAGCCUACCUCGCGCCAAACGCUCCCCGGUGAGUGGAACGGUUGCCCCUAGUCCCGAGAGGACUGUCCGAUCUCGUUCCAGGCCUGGCGUUUCUCAGUCACAACCAACAUCGAGGUCUUCCUCUCCGUCUUCCAGGAGUGGACCAGUCUCAUUGAACACGAGGAGGCGACCUUCUGGUAUACCACGGUCUUUGGCUGGUUCGAGGGAGACGAGUCCCACAAGAACGGCAAGAUCUAGCAGCGUGGUGGGUGCGGUCCGGAGACCGUCUGUGGAGAGGUCCCAAAGACCUCCCACGACCACCCUUCGGCUGCUGCAGCAGUCAAGGGACGCGGAGGCUUCUCUGAGGAGCCCCGAAGACGUUUCUGCGUGCGAAAGAAGAGAUGACGAUUCUGAAGCGUCAAGUGUGUGUUCGGAACGGAGUUUGGACUCUUAUAGGAGACAUGACAGCCUGACCUGGUCUUCCUCACGCCUGGGAUGGGAUUCUUCGCCCCCUCCACCCCCGUCGCCUGAUAACAUUAUCGCCCUGUGUGCGUGUACGCACUGGACGGAACGCAAGGACGGACUCACACAUCUCGCUAACUACUUGAAUAGCGGGAUGCUCCUCACUGAGGAGCAGUUGAAAAGAUUGACAGAACUCCUGAACAAGAUGUUCGUUGAUGCACACACAAAAGUAUUCUCGCUUCUGUUGGACGCUGUCUGUGAACUAUUGCUGGUCCACGCCCAGAAUCUGAAGGACUGGCUCUAUCAGCUCAUGUUAAAAUUACUAACAAAGCUCGGUACAGACAUACUGGGAUCGGUCCAAAGCAAAAUCAUGAAGACUUUGGAUGUCAUACACGAGUAUUAUCCAGCUGAGCUCCAAUUGUAUAAUAUAUUCAGGUUCCUAGCAGAUAGCGCGACAGCUCCAACCGCGAAGUCGAAAGCGGCGGCUCUGAAGUUCUUGACGGACUUAGCGCGUCACUACUGUACGCAAAAUAGCUUGGCUGUUGCAUUACAAGGUGGCAGCACGAGUGUGGCAGGUAGGGCUCUAACCAAGGUGGCGAACUUGGCCAACGAUUCCAGGUCUGCAGAUGUUCGGACCAUGGCAAGACGAGCCCUCGCAGCCCUGUACGACUGUAAUCCUGUGCCUUUUACAGCGCUCAUGAGCGAAUUGCCGCCCGAUACGCAAGCGAUGGUGAAUGGGGUGUUACAACAACACGUGAGAAGGACUUCUAGCACGGGUAGCGAUAGCCCAAUGCGUACAUCGAGUACGACUUCCAACCCGACCAACGCGGAGGACGUGUAUUCGAGAAUUAGGAAGACAACGUCCGAGAUACACACAUACACCGCGCAGCAUUCUAACGCGGAAUGCGGCAAUCAUAUGUCCAGCAAGGACUCUGGAAUCAGCCAAAUGUCGGAUGCCACGUCGUCAGCGAGAGGACAGAAUGUCCCCAACGGACAUUAUACCGGUGAUAUAGGCCGCGCCGCAUCGGCGGAUAGUUCGGAAGAGGCGAAUAGCACGAAGGAGUCGUCGCCGAUACCUCAUAGGGAUUGUACUCAUGGUCACGGAGACUACACUUCAGCGAAUAUGGCGAGGGACAAGAUGAAGCCACACGACAUGGAUGAGAACGGUCUUUUAAUAACAAAAGCCGGUCUCCGGGAGACGGAGGUGCUGGAGGCGUUGAGCAAAGUGGACGUGUCCAAGGAUCCGGCUGAACAUUGCGAGCGGCUUUUCGUCGCCACCCACGAGAUCCUCAAAUACGGCGAGUGUAAGAAGCCCUGCGAAUAUUUCAAGAACAUUCUAAGAGUGUCGUUGGCGGCUAUUUCAGUUGAGGAAAAUGUUGCAGACAAAGAGAAUACGGAUAAUGCGACGAAUACCCAAUCAGGAUGGGCAAACGCUCAUGAGCGAACGACCGCCGAAGCGGUGAAGGUCCUCAUCUGGUUAUGCCGGAGACCAGAGACACGCCCGCAAUGGCUGGACUAUUUCGAUCUGAUUCUGUUGAAGCUGAUCAACGCGUACGGAGCCCACAGUAAGGAGGUCAUGAGGGCCAUAGACACUGGGAUGCCGCAUAUCGCUGCUGCGUUGCCGGCUCAGCAGGUUCUGGCCCUCUUAAAACCAGUUAUAAGAACCAAAGGAUACCCUUCAUCACUGUGCGCUCUGAAGCUAGCCGCGGAAGUUGCAAAGGCGCGAAGCUCGGAGCUGUCAGAUGAAAUCGUUUCGCCUAUAAUGGAGGGCGUAGGGCAGCUGGCUGACCACCAAAACUCGGCAGUGCGCAAAGCGGCCAUCUUCUGUAUGGUGGCUUUCACAUUCGCACUCGGCAAAGAGAGAAUGCAGCCUUACUACAAAUAUCUAUCUGUUAGCAAGCUGCGGUUGUUAGACGUAUACAUAAACAAGCAAAAGGAAGAGGCGACGAAAGGCGGUGGGUCGUAGCGACGACAGAGGCUGGCCACGCGUGCCACGCAGACCGACACGUAACCCGGUUGAGCUUAGGUGACCUGUUACGACCAUGCUCGACCCUGUGACCAUGCGUUGCGAUUUAACAUCCUAAUCACCACAUAUAACCUAAUUUGAUCUAACCCAAUGUUAUACCAUAUAUUUUCUUUAAUAUCAACGCUUUUAAUAAUUUGAUAUUUGUGUUCACCUUUCGUUGGUUAUUAAAAUUAUGUAAGGGUAUAUAUAUAUGUGUCUGCGAACGCGCAAAGUUUUACGUGUAUAUGUUUUUUUUGGCAAGAAGCGAACUUCAAUAAAGUAAUAGAAGUGUUUUUUUUUUCUUAUUAUUUGACAAGGAAUGGUGUCCUUAUGAAUGAAAGUGUAUUGUAAACUAUUUUAAUAAAGACAAAUUUGAAAAAAUAUGAUAAUAAUAGAGAAAAUAUAAUAAUAAUACAAGGAAAUUUAAAUAAGUAUUGUAAUAGUACAGACUCACGAACAAAUUAAAUGAAGGGUAAACGACAUAAUUUUAAAACCCACA